GUUUUGGACUUGUAUUUUAUUUUAUGAUGGUGUAUUCGUAUAUAUUUCUAUAUUUUUCUUUAAAAAAAGAUAGAAAUACGUUUUCCAACGUCGUUUUUUCGUCAUACAAUGUAUCAUAUCAUCACAUUACGAAUAAUAAAUGAAUCAAUGUAAGAUAACUUUACUAUCAUGUUGAAUAAUUAUUAAAGCUGUAUCUACUAGUGUCAAAAUUCAAAACGUGUAGUUCGAAUUCUCAAUAAAGAUGAUCGUUAUGUGCUUGUGACGAUAUGGCUAAUUAAUACAAGUGUCAUUUCGAAUUCUCGAUAAAGAUGAUCGUUAAGUGUUUGUGUUGUGACGAUCAUCUUCAUUGAGAAUUCGACGUUUUGAAUUUUGAUAUUGAUACUAGUUAAGUACGUACAGCUUUGAUAUCGUUUAAUAAUAUUUAACGUUUACGGUUUAGUAAAGUUAUGUUACAUUGAUUCAUUUGUUAUUUUAUUUGUAAUGUGAUGAUUUAUACACAUGUAUGACAAUAAAUAUACGAAUUAAUACGAAUACACCAUUAUAAAAUAAAAUACAAGUCCAAAACGUAAACAACGGAACAAAGAGAGACAACAGAUAAAAACUAACUCGCUUCUGAUUGGUUACACAUAUUUGCUCUCGAGACGCUCGUCAAACAGACCGAAAUGUUCAACAGUUUGAAAGGAAAAUUUCAACAAGUACAAGAUGGGAUCUCCGCCAGUAUUCGUAAUCUGAAAAUCAAAGAUGAAAAGUCAAACACGUCAUCAGCUCCAGAUGUGAAUUACUACGCCGGAGCUGAUAUUGUACUAAAGAAUGAAGAAAUCUGGAAAGAGAUCCGAUCUCAGUCGGAGAAAAAUAUACAAAAAGCUGAGCUUACAGAUAAACAAGUCACCGAACUCAACACCAAAAUAAAACACCAACUUCAAUGUAUCCAAGAAAUCAAUCAUUUUUUCGCUACUUUACCAGAAUUCACGAAGAAAAUAGAAAACAUAUCGAACGAUUUAGAUACUCUGCAGAAACAUAUACUCGAAGUAGAAGAUUUUCUAGUGGUGUUCGAAGAUAUUGUCGAAGAUGAAGAAAUGAAACAGAAUGAAAUUGAUGAACGAUUCAAGUUUGCUAGUUACAUUGAACGGAAAUCAACUGAAACUGAUUUACUGAAAAAAGAGUUAUCUGAUCAGUUUACCGAAAAACUUCAAGCAAAAGAAAAGAAGCUCCAGAGUACGAUGAAAGAGAGACAAGAAUUGUUCAAUAUGGCUUUUCAGCAAGACAUGCAAUUAUACAAGGAGUCCGGUAUCGUUCCAAAAAUUCCUACCACCAAAGCGAAAGAAAACAUCAAAACGGUUUCACUCGAAGAUGUGGUUAUCGAAGACGACUUGGGUAGUUUGGAUGACUUUGUGAAUAGCUGAAAUCAAGAGAAUCAUGACAAUAUAGAGUACCUUUAGCAAUAUAAGUUUAAGUCGGUGAUUGUUUAAUAAUUAUUCAUCGUAUCUGUGAUACCUAUCAUUAUUAUUACUCCAUUUUGCAAUCAAAAAUUUCUUACAGAUCUGUGAUAAAUGAUGAAUUCAUCCUGUCGAUAGGCAGAAGCAGAACUCUUUUUGAAAACGUCCAUAACAUUUAUCUGUACUUGUACUUGUUUCUUUUUAUAAUUGUUAUAAUAAUCUACUACGGUUUUAAUUACAUAAUACUUACUGUAACUUAUGAUCUUCCCAAUCAAUGGUAUUCGGCGGUUCCUGUUUACCUGUUUACUAAUGAAAAAUAAACAUACGAACUUCUUCCUCGA